AUGGAAACAAAUACAUCGAUGCGAAGAUGCCAGUCGCUAGCCUCUCAAGAUGAUGAUGGUCUGUGGAAGAUGGAUUCCAAGCUUGUGGGAGAAAAUACAGAAACGGCAAACUGCCCCUCAUCAAGUAUUCCUGGUGAGGUGCCCAUAAGUGAAGGCAAAGCCUCUCCCCCUACUGUGAUUCAGAACAAAGUGUUAGCCAGUGAAGGUAGCGAUCAUAUGUUUAGACCACUUCGACUUCCAAUAUUGCCAGGAGAGAGCAAGAAAGACGCAACCACAUGUAAUUUCAGUGUGACCGUUGUUUUUGGGGCAGGUGACGACACAGAGGCUAAAGCUAAUCCCACCAGCUUACGCUGGCAUCAUAGUGAAAGGCAGUCAAUGGCAGCACAGAGAGAGAUUGUGGAACUGUCAGCAGAUACAACACAGAUUUCUGGGGACUUUAAAAUCCUUAUUCCAAAUGCUGAAGACCACAUACCCAAGGCUCCAUUAGAAGGAACAAAAGAGCAAGACCAGUCCAUGGUGCAAGUGGAAACCUGGGGGGAAGCUGAUGAUGACACAUUUCCAAACACUGAGGACAAGUUUGAAAAUGAGGCCCAUUUGGACAAGGUAGGAGACGAAAUACAACAAGGACAUUUAGCUAAGCCUUUGAGGGCCUCAAAAAGCAAUGGAAUGACACUCAUGCAACACUGCAAUGUACCAACAGAAUUUUUCAAAAACAAAGAAAACAUGACUACUCAAGCAUUCAGUAAGCCAAAGGCAGAGAGGCAAACAGAAACCAAAGAAAAUGUAGAGCUUUUUCAUACCGACUCAACAGAUUCCUUGAUAGAGAGCGACAAAGGCACUCGUGAGGUACAAGUACACACAGAGGCUUUUGGAAAAGUGCAUUUAACUUCAUCCAAUGAGAAACAGAAUAAGGGGAGAAGGGCAAACCACAGAGAUGAAUUUUGGAGAAUAGCUUCAGAUAUUCUUCAAGGCGAGCAACUACUUCAGCGUCUGCAACUGGUGCAACAACGCCAGGAGGCAGAUAUGUGCACCUGCCGGGAGGUUAACCAUGAGAGGGAACAUGAGGAGAAGUGUAUGACUAAAGUAGAUUUGGCAGCAAGUGGAGGGGACCUGUCUGGUGAAGAUGAGAAAAAAGAGAUCAGAUUUCACAAAAUGAAUUGUGACUGUACAAAGACAAGCCUGUUGGAGAGAGAAAAGACUGAAGAGACUGGGAGUAGAGAAGCCCAAGAAAAGAUGCCUGCACAGCCUGAGCACCAUGAUAUUGCCACAAAAGAAGCAGAGUAUUCUGAUGAUAGUGUCAGUUGGGUGUGUGCAGAUUGGAUUCCAAUCAAUUCCAUUGAAACCAUUUCUACACCAACGUCCCUUCGAUCCUCCUGUCACCGCUUCUCUGUCACAGAGACCUCAAUCCAUGAGGAUGUCCAAGGGAAACAGAACCUGCAGAGGGCUGGGGGGAUUCUAAACCUGGCAGAUGAUCCAGAUGUACUGGAGAUCCCCUUUAAUACCAACAUCGUGUUUGAACUACUUCCCACAAAAAUAGGUCCAGGCCAGUACCGUGAAUGGCAGUUCUCCGAACAGAUGAUGCCGGAGGAUGGGGUAAUUCGGGAGAGUGGGAGAAGACUUGAAACAAGUGCACAGGGGGAAACCCCAAAGGAGCAAAGUGAAGGGGAGGCCCAUCAAUUAAAGAAGACAAAAUUGCUGUUUGAAGAUUUCCGGCAAGAGAACACACAGGGUCCAACCAGACUAAGGAAACCCCUCUCUACAUCGAUGACAGAUCAAGUUUAUCCCACAGUGCUGGAACGCACACGUAGCCUGGAUAUGUUUUUAACUUCAGAGAAGGUGAAAAGUUCUGAAAACCUACAAUCAAAGAUUCCAAGUGGGGGAUCUCGAGAUAGGGCACGAUUAUCUCCCUACCCAAAGCAAGAGAAAAAUGUCUGUCUUUACAGAAGUUCAGACUCCAUAAGCUCGGAUGUCUCCACACAAGUGGAAGAAAGUGGCAACUCAAUAGGGAUGGACAAAGUAAAGCAGGAAGCUACUAUGCUCGAACAAAAUCCGUUCUUCAAGUUGCGUCCAGCAUUGGCUCUGAAGCCAGAGGUUGAGAAGGAAAUCCGGGACGCAAAAGCAAGAGAAGACGAGCUUCGCAGGCAAAGACGCAGUCUGUAUGGAGAGAAGCGACAAAGUACAGAGGAGGGUGACAAGCUGCCACGCACAUCGACUGUCAUACCAGGUAUAAAGCAACAGUCUCGAGGUAAACUGGAACGACUCUGGCCACCUCCCUGCAAGAAAGAGCAGCUUCAAUCUGAAAAGACUCAGGGGCCGAGCGUGCACAGAGCAGGAAGUCAGCGGUCUCAUCUGUGGCAACGCUGGGAGUUUGGUCGGAUCAAUGGGCAGCCGUCAGCAGAAAAGGACUGAAGCUUGCCAACUCCUACACUCCAAACAGAUCAAAUACCGUUACUAAAAUCAAAGGUGAAAUAAUUGUUAUCAGUAGUUAGUUCCUAAUUAAAUAUUGCUGCUCUAAACCUGCGUCAUACAUUUUGUUUUACUUAACUAUACUAACAGGACUAUUGCUAUAUUAGUCAUUCAAACUGCUUCUAAGUGCUAGAGGACUCUGCAUCUUUGUACAAUUGUCAAAAAAAAAAUUUAAAAAAAAAAAAAAUGUACCGGCAUUACCAGAUAACUAGCAAACCUUUAUUGCUCAGUGACUGUUUUUUUGUCAAUGUCUUUCUGUCUCCAAGGUGUUCUCUGUCAAUUGACUGUCUGUUGUCGUACUAGAGCGACUCCAACCACCGGAGACAAAUUCCUUGUGUGUUUUUUGGACAUACUUGGCAAAUAAAGAUGAUUCUGAUUCUGAUUCUGAAAUCCACAAUAUUCUAUAGUCAUAUUGUUUUCAUUUUUUUGGUCACAGUUUACUAGUUUAACAUUGCAUUACAUGAAUUAAUUCAAUAAAAUGAAACUAAUUUUGUGAUGAUUUAUGAGUGGUCAAACCCCAAAGCAGACUC